AUGGAAGCCCCAUCUUCACCUUCGUCUACCAUCACUGCCCCACCUGACUGUCGCGAAACCGCUCGGAGGUUAGCGAAAUUAAUUGUGGAGGCUACAUUCUGUGACUAUGCCCUUCUACACUAUGACAGCGCCUCAAAGUCCAUGGUCGAAUGGUGGUGGCCUAUCGACGGUGAUGGAAAGAAGAUUUUGCCAUUCAACCUGGAGAUCCACCACAAAGAAUAUGAAUUGAAAUACCCAUGCUGCCUAUGCGCCGAUGGUAGGGGUAGGACUGCGUACAUAGAGUGCGCGGUGUACUCGUGGCGGAAUAAGGACACUGGGCAGUUCGAUUGGACUGCAAGUAUCCUCGAAGAGCGAGUCUUGCCUAUUAAGCUACAGUGGAAUCGCAGGGAGCAAAGGGAAUUGCUGAACAGACUCGAUUCCUGCGUUGGAAAUGGUAUUACUACCAGGGAGUUCCACAUUCUGUUUAGCCACUGCAGACGAUGCAAGCGAGUCGGGGAAUAUGAAAUGCGAGACACUAUCGAGAUUCGAAAGCGACAAGUAAAACCGCUAGCAUGCUGCGCUUAG